GUUGAAGUUGACGUUUAAUGUAGUAACUCUGCCGAAUGCGUGUGUGUUUAUAAAUACGUACCCACCCAUUUGGUGAAAGCGAUAUAUCUACGUUGUGUUAUUCACUGUAUCCGACAAUAUGGAUAGGCUUGAAAAUAUAAAUCCGAAGCUCUACAGGAAAUGUGAAGAGCGGCAAAUAACUGAAAGUGAUGAAGACGAUAGUGUCACCGAUGAAUUUGAUUCUAGAGAAAUCUUCGAUCUUAUACGAGGAAUAAAUGAUCCAGAACAUCCAUUAACAUUAGAGGAACUUAAUGUUGUGGAGCUCGACAACAUAUCGGUGGAUAACAGCAAGAAUGAAGUGAAGGUGCUGUUCACUCCAACUAUUCCACAUUGCAGUAUGGCAACAAUCAUAGGACUUUCCAUAAGGGUACAGUUGUUGCGUGCAUUACCUCCCAGGUUCAAAGUCAGUGUGGAGAUUGCACCUGGUACUCAUGCUUCAGAAUCAGCUGUUAACAAACAACUAGCUGAUAAGGAGAGAGUUGCAGCUGCACUGGAGAACUCGCACCUGAUUGAAGUCAUUAAUCAGUGCAUCGUUACUCAUUAAGGACAUUGGUGCGAUAGUGUGCUUCAUGAGAACAACUUGUUUUUAUAAAGCAUUUGCAACUGUUGUAAUUGUGCUUGUUAUUUUAUUUGUGCAGCACAGUUGCGCAGUAGCACAGAUGCUGUGAUUUGCGGUUUUCAUAUGAAAUAAGAUAAAUAUUUUAUUUGCAAUGUUAGUAUUCCUGUGUGUCCCAAAUAAUUACUUCAGGUAAAUUCUUUGUGAUUCAUAAUUAAUUUUGUGUGUAUAAAGACCAUUAGCUUGAAACACUUACCUUAAGAAAUCGAAGACUGGAAAAACAUGUACCAUCAGAAAAGUGAUACCAUUAGUUAAUUACUGCAUGUUAUGGGAACUUUCUCAUGUUCAUGUCACAAAAAUUAGUGCGAGACAUUGUGAAUAUUUUUAACAAUAAUUGUUAUGUAAUAUUUCAUCUAUAUAUGAGUUUGAGUGUUAUUUAUUAAAUUUAUUGAACUUUC